CCCACUCACACUCCCACUUCUCUCACAAACGCUCUCCACACUUUCAAACACACAAACUUCCAACAACUUCCAAAACCAUUUUCCUUCUCCAAUGGAGAAACUCUGCAAAAACCCCAUCAAAGCUCACGCGGCGAAAAUGGCGGUUUUUGUGGUGGUUCUGGCGGCGGCGCUGGCCGGAGAAGUGGAGGGCAGAAGGGGAAAAAAGGCGCGGAGAAGGGCUUUGGACGGCGACGGGUUUGAGUACGGCGCCAUAAGUUGUAGGGCCCACAGUGCUUCGAUAACGGAGUUCGGCGGCGUUGGCGACGGAGUGACGUCGAACACUAAGGCGUUUCAGGCGGCGGUGGAGCGGCUGAGCCAGUACGCCGGCGAAGGCGGCGCUCAGCUGUACGUGCCGGCGGGGAGAUGGCUCACCGGCAGCUUCAACCUCACCAGUCAUUUCACUCUCUUUCUCCAUCAGGAUGCCGUCCUUCUUGCUUCUCAGGAUCCUAACGAAUGGCCUGUGGUCGACCCAUUGCCAUCCUACGGUCAUGGAAGGGACACGUCGGGGGGAAGGUACAUCAGUCUCUUAUUUGGAACAAACCUCACUGAUGUUGUCAUUACAGGGAACAACGGCACUAUUGACGGUCAAGGCGCUCGCUGGUGGCAACUUUUUCAUCAGGGCAAGCUUAAGUACACCCGACCGUACUUGAUCGAAAUCAUGCAUUCCAACGAUGUCCAGAUAUCGAACCUGACCCUGCUAAAUGCUCCGACUUGGAAUGUUCAUCCUGUUUACAGCAGCAAUGUUCUUAUUCAAGGAAUCACCAUUAUCGCUCCAGUUCGAUCCCCGAAUACAGAUGGUAUCAACCCAGAUUCCUGCACAAACGUUAGAAUUGAGGAUUGUUACAUAGUAUCUGGAGAUGAUUGUGUGGCAGUCAAGAGUGGUUGGGACGAGUAUGGCAUAGCAUUCGGAUGGCCAACUAAACAGUUGAUCAUCAGACGGCUCACGUGCAUUUCCCCGACAAGUGCUGUCAUUGCACUGGGAAGUGAGAUGUCGGGUGGGAUCCAAGAUGUCCGAGCUGAAGACAUCGUAGCCAUCGAUUCUGAAUCAGGGGUCAGGAUCAAAACUGGCAUAGGAAGGGGAGGCUAUGUUAAAGACAUAUAUGUUAGGAGGAUGACAAUGCAUACCAUGAAAUGGGCAUUUUGGAUGACUGGAAAUUACGGGUCGCAUGCCGAUAAGAAGUAUGACCCCCACGCAAUGCCUGCAAUAGAAGGAAUCAACUACAGGGAUAUGGUUGUCGAAAACGCAACGAUGGCAGCAAGAUUGGAGGGAAUUUCGGGUGACACAUUUAAAGGCAUAUGCAUUUCCAAUGUGACAAUCGGCAUGGCAGUGAAGGCCAAGAAACAGCCAUGGACUUGCACCGAUAUUGAGGGAAUAACAAGCCAUGUUACUCCUCCGCCGUGCAGUCUGUUACCCGAUCAGGGGGAGCAGACUACAACAUGUCAGUUUCCAGAGGAUACUCUACCAAUCGAUUCAGUAGAGUUGAAAAAAUGUUCGUAUCAAUUGAGUCAUGUUUGAGGCUUUCUUACUGUGCACCAGCAAAAGCUAUAUCAAUUAUCAAGUCAGUGUAUUAUCACUGUUAGUAUAAAAAUCUAUCUAUAAAACUGUUCCGUACGCCGUGUAUCUUGCUUUUACAGUACAGUUCUAUUGUUAUAGAAUGUAUGCAAUCAUUUAACGCCAUUGAAAUAAUUCCUCUCAAAA